AUGGCGAGAGGAGGAGUCUGCGGCGCCGCGGACUUUCACGACGGCGAGCUUGCCAUCCAUGACAGUGAGCUCGCCGCGUCGCACAAUCACAGCGAGGCCGCGGCAGCGCUGGUCCGGCUGGGAGGCGGCGGCGGCGCUGUAGAUCCGGUCCACUACACGGUAGAUCAGGCCGGCGCUGAUGCAGACCCCUUUGGCGAAAAUCACAAGAGGCUGAGCAGCAGCCAGCAAAACAUCGUAGGAAACAUUCGUGCAACACAGCAGGGCAUUAGAGCACAACAGAUUCCCUUCUAUGAGGUGCAACCAGGCAGCAAAAUUAGUAAGUAG